CAAACAGUCAACCAGCCACUGGAAGAAAUCUAUUAACCCUGGAGAUCAGGUCAGUUUGCGUCAUGAAGUUUGGAGGGUCUUGUCAGCCAACUCCUCUUCUAGAGCCAUGUCCUCCCUCACUGUCCCUCCACCCAAAUGCUUGGAGAAACCGUUCGUCGCUCCCCACCGCUACAUGUUUGGGCCUGGACCUUCCAACGUGCCCCCUCGGAUAUUAGCAGCCGGGGCGAAUCCAAUUGUGGGUCACAUGCAUCCAGAAAUGUUAAAAGUGAUGAGUGACAUUAAGAGUGGGGUCCAGUAUGCAUUCCAGACCCAGAACAACGUGACUCUAGCCGUCAGCGGCACUGGCCACGCAGCCAUGGAAUGCGCCAUCUUCAAUGCCCUGGAGGCGGAAGACAGCGUUGUCGUCGGCGUUAACGGAAUAUGGGGAGAAAGAGUGGCCGAGAUAGCACAGAGAAUAGGUGGCAGGGUAAAUAAGAUUGUGACACCACCGGGUGGGUACUUCACAAAUGAAGAAAUCGAAAAGGCUCUGUCCACACACAGGCCGGUGCUCUUGUUCCUGACUCACGGAGAGUCCUCCACAGGGGUUGUUCACCCGCUAGACGGCAUCGGGGAACUGUGUCACAGGUAUAACUGUCUCUUCCUUGUCGACUGUGUUGCUUCCAUGGGAGGAACACCGAUUCACAUGGACAAACAAGACAUUGACAUCCUGUACUCUGGUUCUCAGAAGGUCCUGAAUGCACCUCCAGGCUCAGCCCCCAUCUCCUUCAGUGACAGAGCGUGUCAGAAAAUCUUCAACCGGAAAACCAAACCUGUGUCGUUCUACCUGGAUCUGAGCUGCCUGUCAAACUACUGGGGCUGUGAUGGCAAAGACACGAGAAUAUAUCACCACACAUGUCCUGUUUCAGCGUUCUACUCGCUGAGAGAAGGUCUGGCUAUCCUUGCUGAAGAGGGCCUGGAGAGAUGCUGGCAGAGGCAUCAGGAGGUGGCCGAGUAUUUCCACCAGGGCCUGGAUAACAUGGGCCUCAAACUGUUCAUCAAAGAAAAGAGAGCUAGGUUGCCCACUGUGACCACCAUCGUGGCCCCUCCAGGUUACGACUGGAAGGAGAUCACCAGCUACAUCAUGAGGACCCACCAGCUGGAGAUCUCUGGCGGCCUGGGGCCCUCGGUCGGCAUGGUGUUGCGUGUGGGGCUCAUGGGCUGUAACAGCAGCAAGGUCAACGUUGACUUGAUACUGGGGGCUUUGAAGGAUGCACUGAAACACUGCCAUAAGAGCAAGGUCUAACCACACAGCUGGGCCCUGAACUCUUACACUGGCAGGACAGAUAUGUCUGUCAAUGUCUGAUGAUAAACUGCUUGAUGAGUCCAAUAAAACAUAUUU